CGGAGAAUUCGGUUUCGUUUCUGCGGCCCCUGAGCCUGGCCCAUCUGUCUCCUAUGAGUUUCAUUUCCCGGCGGCCGCAGGCAGAAGGCGGGGCGGGGCCAGGCGCGGCAUAAAGCCGGCGACGGCGCGCGGCGGCGGGGUGCUGGCAGGAGACAGGAAGCGUAAGAGAACAGCUCUGCAUUUCCAUCCAACUCAUCAGCGUUACAUCGUCAAGUAAAAAGAAGGUGUAUUAGAGCUGAACCGAUAAGGGAAGAAGAUGAAUCCUCCUACAGUGAAGAGGAGUCCUCUUAAAGUGAAAGUCAAAAAUCAUAAUUCGGCCUCUGCGUCCAGUCCUCGGUUACCAGAUGCUAAGGUGUCUGAGGAGAAUCUGGAAAAAGGCACCGAGAGCAGCCUGUGCAGCUACUACGAGGAGAAAAUCCGCCCCUGCAUCGACCUCAUCGACUCUCUGCGGGCCCUGGGCGUGGAGCAGGACCUGGCCCUGCCCGCCAUCGCGGUCAUCGGGGACCAGAGCUCGGGCAAGAGCUCCGUGCUGGAGGCCCUGUCGGGCGUCGCCCUGCCCAGAGGCAGCGGUAUCGUGACGAGGUGUCCUCUGGUGCUGAAGCUGAGAAAACUGAGGGACGGGGACGAAUGGAAAGGCAAAGUCAGUUACAAGGACCAGGAGAUUGAGAUGUCAGAUGCUUCGGAGGUGGAAGAGGAAAUCAGGAAAGCCCAGGAUGUCAUUGCUGGGGUAGGAAUGGACAUCAGCCAUGAGCUGAUCAACCUGGAGGUCAGCUCCCCUCACGUCCCAGACCUGACCCUCAUCGACCUCCCCGGCAUCACCAGGGUGGCCCUGGGCAAUCAGCCAGCUGACAUUGGGUUUCAGAUCAAGAGACUCAUCAAGAAGUACAUCCUUAAGCAGCAGACGAUCAACUUGGUGGUGGUGCCCAGUAACGUGGACAUCGCCACCACGGAGGCCUUGAGCAUGGCUCAGGAGGUAGACCCCGACGGAGACAGGACCAUAGGAAUCCUGACGAAGCCCGACCUGGUGGACAAAGGCACCGAAAACAAGGUUGUCGACGUGGUGCGGAACCUGGUCUGCCACCUGAAGAAGGGCUACAUGAUCGUCAAGUGCAGGGGCCAGCAGGACAUCCAGGAGCAGCUGAGCUUGACCGAGGCUCUGCAGAAAGAGAAGGCCUUCUUCGAGGACCAUCCGCAUUUCAGGAACCUCCUGGACGAAGGAAAGGCCACGAUCCCCUGCCUAGCAGAGAGACUGACCACCGAGCUCAUCGCACACAUCUGCAAAUCUCUGCCCCAGUUAGAAAAUGAAAUAAAGGAGAAACAGCAGAGUAUCACAGAGGAGUUGCAGAUGUAUGGCAUGGAGACGCCGGAAGAAGAAAACGAAAAAAUGUUCUUUCUGAUAGAUAAACUUAAUGCAUUUAAUCAGGGCAUCCUCACUUUAAUCCAAGGGGAGGAAAUCGUGGAGAAGAGCAACACUCGGCUGUUUACCAAAAUCCGAAAAGAAUUCAACAACUGGAGUAAAGUGAUUGAAAACAACUUCCAGGACGGUUAUGAUGCUGUAUACAACGAGAUCUGCAAAUUUGAAAAUCAGUAUCGUGGCAGAGAGCUGCCAGGAUUUGUGAACUACAAGACAUUUGAGAAUAUCAUAAAACAGCAAAUCAAAACUCUGGAAGAGCCCGCUGUGGAUAUGCUGCACACCGUAACUCAAAUGGUUUGGCUCGCCUUCACAGAAGUUUCCCAGAAAAAUUACAGUGAAUUUUUCAACCUCUACAAAGUCUCCAAGUCCAAAAUCGAAGACAUUAAAACCGAACAAGAAAGAGAAGCUGAGAAGUCCAUCCGACUACACUUCCAAAUGGAGCAGAUCGUGUACUGCCAAGACACGAUGUAUCAGAGAUCGUUACGGAAAAUCAGGGAGAAGGAAAAAGAGAAGGAAGAAGAAAGGAAGAGAACAUUAGGUCGGGCGAUCUGCGAAGAGAGUUCUUCGUAUAACUCCCUAGAUGAAAUCUUUCAACACCUGAUAGCCUACCACCAGGAGACCGGCAACCGCCUGUCCACCCACAUCCCCUUGACGAUCCAGUUCUUCGUCCUUCAGUCAUUCGGCCAACAGCUGCAGAAGGCCAUGCUCCAGCUGCUGCAGGACAAGGAGCAGUACGACUGGCUCCUGAAGGAACGCAGUGACACCUGUGACAAGAGGAAGUUCCUGAAGGAGCAGCACAGGCGGCUGGUGCAGGCUCGGCACCAGCUGGCCAAGUUCCCCGGUUAGGUCGGGCUCCGUCCCCGCCGCGGCCCCACCGCACAGGUCGCGCCCGUCCCUGACAGCCACACCCAUCUCAGAGCUUAGCGGCAGCG